CCACCAUCCAGUGGUGCCGCGCGUACAGGAGAAAAACGUAAACAAACAAUCAGAAUUCAGCUGAUUCCGGUUUGGAGCGAAAAAGUGCGUGUUUGGAGCGUGAUAACAGAGCUGUCGCUUGAUUAAAAAGGAAAGAGAAAAAUGGUGGACUACGCUGUGGAGGUGUGUUUCACGGAUUUGUGCAGAAUUUGCGCCAACCCUUGCCACGCCUCGAGAAGAAUCACCCUUUUCGGCCCUGACAGUGCGAGGCUUAAACUUCUAGAGAAAAUAAACACGUUUUUACCAUCUUUAACAAUUUGUGAAAAUGAUGGCUACCCGAAUUUCGCUUGCAUUUUGUGCGUUUCAAGGCUGACCGUCUGUGAUAAUUUGGUGAAUCUGUGCAAGGAAGCAAAUGAACGGCUCCGAGCGCUCAAAACUCAGUUAGAAUUCGAGAAAAACUCGAGGACGGCUGAAAGUGGAGAAAAUUAUUCGAGCAACGCUAAUGAGUUUACAGAAGCAAAAGAGGGCUCGUUUGAAAUGGUUCCGGAAACGGAGAGUGCCAAAAUAUCAGUUAUUCUGCGCAAAGAGUUACCUAAGUCAAGUGAGAGGCCCGAACAGAGUCUCGUUCUAGUCAAUGUCCCGUCUGAAAGACUGCAAAAAGCCAAAGAAAACUGUGAUCCUGGUUCAGACAAGCAAACUUUACUAGAAAAAGUUAUUAAAUCUGGUGCGGACAGCGAGGUGAGCAACGCCCUGAAGGGUUUAACAAGCAAACCUGCGCCUGCCGCCAGUGAAAAUGUCAGGAGGAGCAGUCGUGCGCGAGUGCGAAAAAGAUUCUUCGAGACGGACGCGUCGAGGCCGAAGCUGCAGCAGAAGGAGGAGCAACACCACUGCGACAUAUGCGACGUAUCUUUCAACAACCUGAAAAAACUGCUGCUCCACCAACGCUCCAGGGCGCACAAUUUGAAAUCCUGCGCCAAGAACAUGAAAUGCGCCAAGUGCAGACAAGCUUUCGAGUCUUCGGAGCAGCUCGAGGCGCACGCGUGCAACCCUUUGAAGUGCGACUUCUGCAAGGUGGUGUUCGACAACGCCAGGGAGCAGGAGCAGCACUCGCUGCUGCACGACGGCAAUUUCACGUGCGACAUGUGCGACGCGAGGUUCUCCGAGCUGCAGGUUCUGCAGAACCACAUCCUGUGCCACACCUUGGGCAAAAGGAAGAAGCUGCACCAGUGCAGAAUGUGCGCCAAGCUGUUCAAGAGCCGCCUCGGACUCAUCAACCACGAGAGCAACCACACCGACCAAAGGGCCUACUCCUGCUACAUCUGCUCACUCGCUUUUCCGAACAAGGAAGAGAUGCUGGAGCACCGGAGGCAGCACACGCGCGAGGAGAAGGUGGUGCAGCAGGGGGAGCGGCCGCGGCGGAAAAAGCAGCAGCCGUGCAGCGUGUGCCAAAAGGUGCUGGCGUCGAAAGCCGGGCUGGAGGUGCACAUGCGAAUGCACAAGAACGAGAAGCCGUUCGAGUGCAGCGAGUGCGGCAAACUGUUCCGGCAGGAGAUCAAAUUGCGCUACCACCUGCGCAUCCAUUUGGGCGACCUGCCCUACUGCUGCGCCACCUGCGGCAAAAGGUUCAACACGCAGCGCCAGCUGGACACGCACACCAGGGUGCACACCAACGAGCGGCCCUACAUCUGCGAGGUGUGCGGCCUGGGCUUCAGGUCGAGCGGCGUGCUGGGCCGCCACAAGAACACGCACAGCGAGGAGCCGCUGUUCGCCUGCUGCGUCUGCGAGAAGAAGUUCCGCACGCGCCACGCCACCACCACGCACGAGCGCACCCACGCCACCGACAAGGGCUUCAUGUGCGACCUGUGCGGCCGCACCUUCGCGCAGAAGGUCACCCUGGAGAAGCACCGCCAGCGGCACGACAAGCAGCGCGUCUCGUGCGUCGAGUGCAACGUGUCGUUCGCCUCCAAAAAGGGACUACGCCGGCACUUUGACAAAAAGCACCCUGUUGCCCUCGGCGAACACAUUUUUCACAAUGAUUACGUCACUCUGACCGUGCCAAAUGAUGAGUUAAUUGUUGAGGUUGUCGUUUAAUCAAUAAAUUUUAAAAAAAGAAAAAUAAAAUAAUUUUAAAAAUGUGAAAAAUGCAAACUUAAAAUUCUUACGUCGCUUAAUGUGGACCAUCUUAGAUUUUUGGCAACACCGCAUGUCCUCAGAUUUCGACGGAACUUGCAGCUAAAGGGUUAGAUAAAUUCAAACCGAAUUAAUUACGAAUGAAAACACCAAAAUUGAAGAAAUCGGCAAGAAUUCUCUGCCAGAAAACUCCUCGUCGCUGAUUGGCUGACAACAUAAACGCACUAGCAGCUCCCGCGCGGUUGCCUAGCAGCGUAGCGAAUUGCGCGUGAGAAUCCGCCAUGCGCGUUGUCAGCCAAUUAGCGUCAAGGAACCUUCUUGCUGAUUUUUUCGAAUUUUCGUGUUUCCGUUCGAAAUUAAUUAAGUUUAAAUCAACUUUUAUAAGACGCAAAUAUCUAUUUCUGAAAAUCUUAUCAGUAAAUUGCCAAAUUAGGGA